AACACGUUCCCGCCCCCUUGUGGAGCGUCGCAAUGCGCCUGCUCGGUGUAGUAGCCGGUUAUGGCGGCCGUGCGUGUUCGUCCAUGAGGUGGGGGACGCCUGUUGUACCUGCGGUCUGUGACACAGCAACCCGAGCGACUCGCUGCCAUGGCCGGAGUGUUUGACAUUGAUCUGGACCAGCCGGAGGAAAAUGUCUCCGACGACGAGAACGACGAGACUCAAAACAUUGACAUCAUGGAUCAGUGCAGUGGGUUUGAGUUCAAUAUGGACGACUGUGAGAAGAUCGAGAUCUCCGAGGACAACGUCAAUCAGGGGACGGAGAACAUCAGACCAGAGUGCUUUGAGCUGCUGCGGGUGCUCGGAAAAGGCGGCUAUGGAAAGGUUUUCCAAGUUCGGAAAGUUGUCGGAGCUGCAGCCGGCAAAAUAUUUGCCAUGAAAGUUUUAAAAAAGGCUAUGAUUGUACGUAACGCUAAGGACACGGCUCAUACCAAGGCAGAGAGGAACAUUCUGGAGGAAGUGAAGCAUCCCUUCAUCGUUGAUCUCAUCUACGCCUUCCAGACGGGAGGGAAGCUCUAUCUCAUCCUGGAGUACCUCAGUGGCGGAGAGCUCUUCAUGCAGCUGGAGAGAGAGGGCAUCUUCAUGGAAGACACAGCCUGUUUUUACCUCGCAGAGAUCUCCAUGGCUCUGGGUCAUCUGCACCAAAAAGGCAUCAUCUACCGAGACCUGAAGCCUGAGAACAUCAUGCUCAACAGCCAAGGUCACGUAAAACUGACCGACUUUGGUCUUUGUAAAGAAUCCAUUCACGACGGGACGGUUACUCACACGUUCUGUGGAACCAUCGAAUACAUGGCUCCAGAGAUCUUGAUGAGGAGCGGCCACAACAGAGCGGUGGACUGGUGGAGUCUGGGCGCUCUGAUGUACGACAUGCUCACAGGAGCGCCCCCCUUCACAGGUGAGAACCGGAAAAAGACCAUUGAUAAAAUCCUGAAGUGCAAGCUGAGCCUCCCACCCUACCUCACACGGGAAGCGAGGGAGCUCCUGAAAGGGCUGCUGAAGAGAACCGCUUCGUUACGGCUCGGAGCCGGCGCAGGAGACGCCACAGAGGUGCAGGCUCAGAGUUUCUUUCGACACAUCAACUGGGAAGAUCUACUGGCCCGGAAAGUGGAGCCUCCCUUCAAACCUGUCCUUCAAUCAGCGGAUGACGUGAGUCAGUUCGACUCGAAGUUCACCAGCCAGACUCCGGUGGACAGCCCUGACGACUCCACCCUCAGUGAGAGCGCAAAUCAGGCCUUCCUGGGUUUCACGUACGUCGCGCCAUCAGUUCUGGAAAACAUCAAGGAGAAGUUUUCCUUCGAGCCAAAGAUCCGCUCCCCUCGGCGCAUCAUGGACAGCCCAAGGACUCUUCUCAGCCCAGGCUGGUCUCGCAGUACCCUCAUCCCUGGCGUGGGACAGAGCGUCCUCCCGUCUCCUCUGGAGCAGCCCAUGGAUCUGUCCACCGCAGAGCAGAUGGACAUCACUAGUAGCUCCGAGGCUUCGGCCCCCCUCCCCAUCCGACAGCCUGCGGGGCUCAACCACGCCCAGAUGAAGCAGCAAGCCUACCCUGUCGUGGCCAAACGGCCUGAGCAUCUACGUAUGAACCUAUGACCCCUGACUUUAUUUCUUCUCCCUCUGGUUUGGUGAUAUUUUUUUAAAGGCAAAGAAACAGGAAUGGAUGCUAGAGACGAUGAGAAUCCAAACGUCUUACACAUCUGCACACUACAUGUACUGUCACAAUCUGGAGUGUGCUCUUGGGGCCGGCACUCCGGCAGACUACGGUUCAGUGCUAAAGGUGGCGUCAUCGCCUCGCCACCUCAGGUCUGUCGACCUCCUGUCUCCGGCGAUCGUUUCUCACACCAUGCUUGGAACUGAGACGCAGUCAGUCUGCUGGACUUUAAGAUAUCCAAAGUGCUUUGAUCUCUUUUAGUCGAUGCCAGUAAGCUCUACUGGAUGGAUCACUGACAUGGUUCCUGGUUCUGGAUUAUGAUCUGAAUUAGGAUUAAUAUAAAAAAAAGAAAGGUGGGUUGUUCCGAUCAGGCAAAAAGAGGCUCUAUAAACAACAGGUUUUGCUUUGUUUUAUGAAGUCUUACCAAAUGGAUCCAUUUUCUGUGCAGUGCAUCAACUCAUAGAGCCUCCAUUAAAUAAAAAAACAGAAACUAUCAAUUCUUUAAGCAUUUGUGUUGUGAAAUGACAUCAUGUGGAAUCCACACUUCAGUUAUCACUCUAAUUCAGCUCCACUUUCUCCUUGACGGCAACAUAUAACUGGUCUCUGUGCUGAUUGCGUAAUACCACCUCCGGCUCUCCUUCAGGCUGCUCAGAGACUCUCAGGGCGUCAGAACCUGGACUGGGUCCCAAUCUCCAGUACCAGUUGAUCUGGUCUCACCAUCCGCAGCUCUGUGAAGAUUCAGAGCUCCAAAGACCCGGAGACGGAGCCACGGCCUCCUGCCUCCUGCUUCACCAUUAACUUGUUCAGGAAAAACAAUUUUACAACUCUUGAGACGCAAAAAGAAAUUAUGAAUAAACUGUAAAGAAAACAUGCGCAUCAUGUCUGUUUGUUUUCCCUCCAACAUCCACAGAAAAAGAGAUGCAAACCUGAUGAAAUGUGUUUUUAAUUAUAAAUAUUUAUUGAGAUCUCGAUAUUCAGUCACUUUUAGUAAUUCUUUUUCCUUCUGCAGGAUUCCUUUACAGUCUUUUAAAACACGGGAUUUACUUUGAACUAAAUUUAUUUAUGCAGCAUCGUUUCACUCGUUAACAAACGUCAUCUCAAGGCACAUCACAGGACAAACGGGUCCAACCACCAUCCAGAAGUGUAUGACCAAAUUAAUUCAACCAUUAAGAUUACGUACAUUCCAGUCUGUUCCCAGUUAUAAUACAAGCACAUGGUGACAGUGGAAGGAAAAGACUCAAGGUAGCAACAACAAGCAGAACUAGGUUCAGCUUGAGAGGGCAGAACAGACACAAAUCCCAGAUCUAUUUAUCAGGAUAAGUAUAGUAAAAACAUUCUUAAAUUUAGGUUUUCCAGGUUCCACCUCCGAUAAAAUACAAUGUCAAAAUUAAGCCUUUAGAACCACAGUGGUUGAUUCUCAGGAAAUGAUUUGGUUUUAUUUUAUUAUUUUUAAAGACUUUGGAAUGCAGAAAAAAGUAGGAGCAUUUAAUAAAACAAUUUAGUAAAUGUUUCAGUUCAGAUGUCCAAACUGAUGUAAUUAUUCCUGGAGAAGUCCAUGGCUUCCAAGCUUUGGCUUCAUUAUUCAGAUAUUAAAAUCAGUUUGUUUGUAAGGAAAAGGAACAAAAAAAAAACUCAAUUCACUGACAGUCUGACAAUAAAAACAUCUGUCACUAAACCUUUGAAACCGUUUUAAAUCUAAAUUUAUUUGACCACAACUUUUGUUAUUGGAGAACAAAAGAUCAGAUGUAAAUAAAUGUAGACGGACCUGAGUCUGGAAAAAAUUGUGAGUUUAAAACACCAAAUGUUUUGGUACCCUGUUAUGGAAUUUGAAUCACUGUAAACUAAACCUGUGCAAUAACUAAAAAAUAUAUAUAUUAUGAAUAGAAUAAAAUAAUAAUAUAAUAAAACUCUAAGUAGUUGCCCACCACCUGAAAACGUUAAUGAACUUUUUCACCACCUAUCAAAUUAUCAAAUUAAAUCAGUAAACAGUGUCAAUGGCAAAACUAUUUAAAUGGAUGAGUUGCAUCAAGAAAACAUAAAACAUUCUCAUAAUAUUGCUGUGAGCUGAGUUUAAUGUCUAAUAUAAAAGGACAGCUACACAUUUAAAAAGACUAAAGGCUAUUCGUUUGAUGUAAAUGAUGCUUUCAGUGCAUUUAUCAUAAACAGUAAAUACCAGAUCCUCAAAUCAAUAUAUUUGAUGUAUUUCACAAACUCAAUGUUUUCACCUGGGAAUUUUGGUAACCACCAUUCAGACAUUCACUAAUCUUCCCUCAUGGCUGGUGUUUAUAAGAUGUAUAAACACCAUGACAUUAUCCACUAUCUAAACAGACUAAAUAGAUAUUAAAUGUUCCCUGCAAUAAUAUGAACAUGUACAGUAUAUGCAGUUACAAUGCAACCGACAAACUGGAGAAAGCUGCAUAAAUGGAGAGCAAAGAAAAGAUUUCUUAAACCAAUAUACUGACCAUCGUUUGUAAUUGUAAAGUUGUAAAAAGGCAAAAAUGACGUUUAGGCAUCUCCAUUCAUUUAACAAUAGAAAUCGAAUCUUCAUUAAGGAGCGCACAGAAACAACCGGCGGAUUAAAGCUCUAGUGUGUUGAGAAACUUAAUGAACUCAAUUACCUUCACAAUUAUUUGAGGGCAACAGUGUAGUGUGGGUAAUUACCAGUCCACCUUCUCUACCACAGGAUGGCAGCAUAACUUCACUUAAUUUUUCAAAUUCAGAUAAAAGUUUUGACAAUGAACGGACUUGAAGACACUAAGCAAGGCACAGAUUAAACAAACAAAAACAACCACAAUGGAAAUCAUGAAAAAGGUCAGAAAUCUGAGUAUUUUAAAUCAGGCGGGUUUAACCACUGGUUGAACUUGGGAGUUGAGCAACAUACUAUGAAGCCUGACUUCAGUCUCACACCUCGCAGGACGGCCACUAAUCUGAUUUAACGUCCUGAGUUGGGAUCACAACACCAUCCACCGUUAUGAAUCUAUUUUUACAGUGACAUGAAAUCAAAGUAAUAUUUUCAAUCAGCUGAAAGCAACACGGUCAAAAUAUGCCGAUUGUUUCUGUGUAAAUUAUUGAUCCGGCUAAGCGAUAAAAGCAGCUGUAGAGCUGAUUAUUUAAAUGUGCGCGUUUUAUCUGGUGACCAGUUUCAGUCUUGUUCAGUUGUGAAAAUUUCACUUUCUAAAUUAUGCAGCACAAUAUAUCACCAUGGUAACAGUGAUGGUGCAUGUUUGGAAUGCAGCAACUGAUGCUAAUGUGUUCAAAUUCAUAUUGUUAGCAUUUUCAUCAUAAUCUGGUAUUCGUGCUGUUGGACUACUGCAGCAGAUAUCCACGUCUGACAGACCACAGUGGCCAGGAGUUUCCAUGCAGGAACCAGAGGAGAGGAAGAGAAGUGAAUUCAUUGCAACUACUCUCGGCAUAUUUACCAGCAAUCAUGCCUUCUAAGUUAAAGUUAAUUUUCUGCCACCUAGGGUUUCAAAGUGUAAUCUCAAUCAGCAGGUUCAAAUAAAUAAUCAAAACAUUCCUUUUCUACUUUCAGGACAUAAAGAUACGAACCAACAGCAGAUACUUUAAUGCACCUUUUCUAAGAUUAUAAAACAAAAUCAGAUCCAUUGUGGGCAUAACUGGGGAUAAUCGUACAAGACCUUCAUUUUCUUUUGAAUUCAAAACUACAACACCUUUCAAAGAACUUCCCGCCCCUGUUUUUCUCUUAUGUACUGCAUUCGGAGGAAGAACAGAAACCAGCAGGUCAGAGGUCAAAGAAAACCAGAAAUUGCCAGCGGCCUGAUUGGUCCAACUCUAUAACUCAUAUGACCGACAGGAAAGUACAAACAAAUAUUUAAUGCAGCACCUUUUUGCACUGGAGGAGACGAAAACUAUUUUAUUCCUUUGUAUGGACGUAAAUUAAAAUAAACAUCAACUGUUUUUCCAGGAAUAAAAUAGUACAGUAAGAUGUCUCCCAAAAUGUGCUCCUUAGUAAAACUGAAACAGGGACAACGAAGAGAAGACAUUUCUGCAAACUGCAGAUAAUCUUUUUUAUCCGUUUUCUUUUUAAAACAUUUAUAUGUAACCCUGUCCUUUUUCUCUAACUGUCUCUAACUCUUUUCCUGCUUCGUGGUUCAGGCCAGGGAUGUGAGGAGAAAUCGUCCCCUGUGCUUUGAGUUGAGAUUAGUGCAUCUGUUCUGUGAAUAUUCCUUUCAUAUAAGAAAGAUAUAUAGGUUUCAAGAUGAAGUGCUAAAACCCAGAAAGAGUCUUAAAAAAAUCUUUUGUCAGAUGAAAAAAAACAUUUUAGUCAAGAUCUUCUUUGACCCAGCCUUUGUUUGGUUUUGCUUAAGCAGCACAACAUGGUAAAAAUCUACUAGGACACUUUACAAGACGGCGGCAAUAGU